AUGGGAAGUCGAGUUGCUAGAGCAACGUUUCCCCCAGGGUUUAAUUGGCGGGCGUUUUUGGAGAGGCCCAGUGUUUCAGUGCAAUUACCCCGCUGUAGGUUGCUUUUGGCAGGGAUAACCCAGAGCUUUGAGGCCACUGAAGGCUUGGUCGAAGCGCUAUUGAUCAGCUGUUGUAACCGCGAUCCAGUUAUUAAGAGUUAUGAUUGGCUUGAAGUGGGCAUUCUUCUUCACAUCCCAGAGUCGUCUCCCUUAUUAGGACAGUAUUUGGCCCGUCCUCUCGUUGCGAACCGGGAAAAAGAAUGGGAUUUCUCUUUGGUCUCACUUCCGCCUUUUCGCCUUGCGAUUAAAUAA